AUGUGUUGCAACUCUCAGCGCAUCGUUCCACCAGUCAUCGCAAACUGGAUCUCCUUCAGGAAGAAGAGCCAACUGGAGCACAUCCUUUUGAGACCAGACACCUAUGUCGGGUCCAUUGAGACGCAGAAAGAGAGGCUAUGGGUUUGGGAUGACGCCAAGCAGAAGAUUGUUCAGAGAGAGAUCAACUUCGUUCCCGGCCUCUACAAAAUCUUUGAUGAGAUCUUGGUGAAUGCCUGUGAUAACUUUCAGCGCGAUCCAGAUCACAUGACCUACAUCAAGGUGAACAUCAAUGAAGAGGAAGGAUGGGUCUCUAUCGAGAACAACGGCUCCACAUUGCCGGUUGAGAUUCACAAGGAGCACAAGAUGUAUGUGCCUGAGAUGGUUUUUGGCCACUUGCUCACCAGUGACAAUUACGAUGAUGACGACAACAAGGUCACAGGUGGGCGAAACGGCUAUGGCGCAAAGCUCACCAACAUCUUCUCCACAAAAUUUGUGAUCGAGUGCGCAGAUGGCAAAAGAGGGCACAAGUACGUACAAAGCUGGGAGAACAACAUGGGGGACAAGAGCAAAGCAAAGAUCACAAAGUACUCUGGGAAGGACUUCACCAAGGUCACGUUCUACCCAGAUUUGAAGCGUUUUGGCAUGACAAAGCUGGACAAGGACAUUGUCUCACUCAUGAAGAAGCGCGUGAUGGAUGCUGGUGGCUCUACAAACAAGAAGUGCCGCGUUUUCUUGAAUGACAGCCCUGUCGCUGUGAAGGAGUUUAAGGACUAUGUGGACCUCUACUUCGAGAAGGAGGACCAGCAAAAAGUCUACGAUAGAUGUGGGGACCGCUGGGAAUUCGUCAUCACCUUCUCGGAGGGACAGUUUCAGCAGGUGUCUUUUGUGAACUCCAUCAACACCAUCAAAGGUGGAACUCAUGUGUCGCACGUCACUGAUCAGUUUGUGGAAUCAAUUAUGGAGAAAGUCAACAAGAAGAACAGAGGUGGAAUGGAAGUAAAGCCUGCUCAUGUCCGCUCACAUCUUUGGGUGUUCGUCAAUUGCCUGGUGGUGAAUCCUACAUUUGAUUCACAGACAAAGGAGACAAUGACCUUGAAGCAGAGCAAAUUUGGUUCCAAGUGCGAGGUGCAAGACAAGUCCAUCAAGCAGUUGGUUGCCAUGGGCGUCGUGGACACCGUCUUGCAAUGGGCCAAAGCGAGAGAAACCAUUGACAUGAAGAGGAAAAUGAAGGGCACUGGCAGAGCGAAUCGUUUGAUUGGCAUUCCGAAGCUGGAAGAUGCGAACCUUGCUGGCACAAAGCACUCAGAGGAAUGCACGCUCAUCCUCACGGAAGGUGAUAGCGCAAAGGCACUGGCCGUGGCUGGGCUGAGCAUUGUAGGACGAGAUCGCUUUGGAGUCUUUCCUUUGCGAGGAAAGCCUUUGAACGUCAGAGAUGCCACCUUUCAAGCCACAGUUGGCAAUGCUGAAAUCCAAAAUAUCAUUCAAAUCCUUGGUUUGGAGCAGCAGAAAGUUUAUGACUCGGUGAAAUCACUUCGCUACGGGAGUGUUAUGAUCAUGGCAGAUCAGGAUUUUGAUGGAUCCCACAUCAAGGGCUUGCUGAUCAACAUGAUCCAGCACUGGUGGCCCUCUCUCUUCAAAAUGGAGCUAGACUCAGCGAAAGAAUUCAUCACUCCCAUCGUGAAGGUGUCCAAGGGUCAACAUGAGGUUCAGUUCUUCAGCGUUGCAGACUAUGAAGCUUGGAAGGAGAGAAACAAUGGUGGCAAGGGCUGGAGCACAAAGUACUACAAAGGUUUGGGAACCUCAACCGCGAAAGAAGGCAAGGAGUAUUUCAAAAACAUCAAGGAUCACAGGAUGGUCUUCAGAUGGACCAACAAAAAUGACGACGAAUUGAUUGACCUGGCCUUCAACAAGAAGAGGGCAGACGAUCGAAAGGAAUGGAUCAACUGCUACAAAGAUGGCGAUGCUGUUGACCAUUCGAAGACAGCGGUGAGCUACUCUGACUUCGUCAACAAGGAGUUGGUGGCUUUCUCGCGGUAUGAUGUGAUGCGAUCCAUUCCAUGCUUUGUGGAUGGAAUGAAACCUGGGCAGCGCAAAAUUCUGUACGCCGCCUUCAAGAGGAACCUCAGGUCUGACAUCAAGGUUGCUCAGUUUGCUGGCUAUGUCGCAGAACACAGUGCUUAUCACCACGGACUUCGCAACUCAGCCGCAACCAAUGGCACAGAAUUUGCCGUAUUGACAUUCCAGUGCGAAGAAAUGAAGACAUGCGAAGAUUUUGGUUCAAUUUUGUCGGGGAGUCAUCGUUCUUCUCCUGCUAGGUUUGGUGAUAAGGUGGCAUGUCCCAAGUACGAUCGAGAAAAGAUAAAGCCGGGAAUUGUACACAUGGGAGUCGGCAACUUCCAUCGCGCCCAUCAAUGCGUCUUUGUAGAUGACUCCCUGUCCCUCCCAGGACAUGAAGCCUGGAGCUAUCAGGGAGUUGGCAUCAUGCCAGCAGACGCCAAGAUGCGCGAUGUGCUGCAGGAGCAAGACAUGCUGUACACCUUGUGGGAGAAAGGUGCUUCAUCCGAAAAAGUGCGAGUGAUGGGAUGUCACUCGAAUUUCAUUCUAGCCCCGGAGAGUCCGGACAAGGUCUUGGAUGCCCUGUGUGCUCCAGAGACAAAAAUUGUUACUCUGACCAUCACUGAGAAGGGGUAUUUUGUUAACUUUGCUACGGGAGAGCUGGACAGUGUUGCGGCUCCAGUGGCCAGCGAUCUGGCGGCCCUCAAAUCCGGAUCCUCUUCUUUAAAGACAGCUGCAGGAUUUUUGGUUGCCGCAGCCAAAAGACGACAGGCAGACAAUGGCGAGGGCUUUGUGAUUCUGAGCUGUGAUAACUUGCAGGAGAACGGCUGCAAGGCAAAGAUGGCUGUCUUGGAAAUGGCAGGAGAAGUCGACAGCAGCUUGAAAUCCUGGAUUACGGAGAAUGUAAAGUUUCCCAACUCGAUGGUGGAUCGAAUCACUCCGGCGACGACCGAGGAAGUCAAGAAUGAACUGAAGGAGAAGUAUGGCAUUGAAGAUGCAUGGCCAGUAGUGAGUGAAGACUUCUUGCUCUGGGUGGUUGAGGACAAAUUCCCAGCUGGACGGCCAUCUUGGGACAAGUCACCAAGUGGAAAGUGCCUCUUUGUUGAGGAUGUCCUUCCGUACGAACUGCUGAAGCUCAGACUGUUGAAUGCCGUACACCAGGCUCUUUCAUAUCCCUCGUCACUGCUUGGAUACGAAGUUGUUCACGAAGCCGUGGCUGAUCGUAGAAUUCUCAACUUUUUAAAGGCAUACAUGAAAGCUGCUGGGCAAACGGUUCGUCCCGUCAAGGGUCUGAAGAAGGACGACUGGUGCAAAACCGUCCUCGAGCGUUUUUCAAACCCGGCCGUUCGUGAUACCAUUUAUCGCUUGAACGAAGACGCCACGAACCGAAUGGCAGUGGCUUUGGCUCCCUGCCUAUUUGAGGAUGCUGUACCGCCUGGGAAGUCCUUGUCCAGGAAGAACUUGGCAGCCAUUCUGCUGCCUGUAGCUGCCUGGAUUAGAGCCUUGCAAGGUGAUGCGGCCUUGCCAGCAGCGGCGAAGCUCAAUCGUGAUGACAAGGGAGCGACAGUCCAAGGUCCUGCCCAAGAAGCUUGGGAGAAAGCUGAUGGUUCUGACGCCGUGGAGGCGUCGAAAAAGUUCCUGGAUGCAGCCUUCGGCGAGAAGGCUGCAAGGGACGUGGUCGCGGAAGUCCUCACAGAAUCUUUGCAACUCUUGAAGGGCGAAGGGAUUGAAGCUCUUCUGAGAACAGCAGAUCUAGAGAAUCCUCCCAUCAAGCUGAAGAAGCCGAAGUUUGCACAGAUUUCAAGCUUAGAACCAGAAGCAAAAGGCGUCAAUGUCUAUGGCAAAGUCCUUUCGGUGCCGGAGAACCUGUAUGAGGAUGCACAUCAAGUUGUCAUCGGCGAUUCCUCUGGUAUAGUGACUUUGAGAAUGCGUGGUGACAAACACAAGGCCUGCAGCGAGGGCAAGGUUGUCCGGGUGCAAAAUGCUCGAGUUGUCAUGAGUAAAGGCCACAUGCACGUGUUGGCGGACAAGUGGGCCGCUUUAAAAGAGGAGGAGCAUGAUGUCGGAGAAGUCAACCAAAAAAACGACCUCUCUGCAACUGAAUAUGAGCUUGUGGAUUCCAAAUAA